AUGGGCCUGAUAAAUACCGAUUUCAGCAGGCGGAAGUGGAAGUGCACGGGGCGCUUCAACAGCUUAGUUUUUAAACCGGUGAUCAGUAAAGAGACUGGGUUUUUCCAGCCGGAGUCUCACUCCCUCUACAGCAAUCUCGGGAAAUUGGAGACGACGCGGCUGCUCCUGAACAUUAUUUAUUUCUUUCCUCUUUCCCUCCCGCGGGGACCCUCCUGUUGGAAGGAGAGCUGCAGCACAGGACGGAGACAGGCAGGAAGAAGCAGAGAGGACUCGGUGACGCCCCCGAGCAGCCCCCGGCCCACUCCUCCAGCAGGGGCCAUGAGCACCAAGCAGGAAGCCAGGAGAGAUGAGGGAGAAGCCAGGACGAGGGGGCAGGAGGCACAGCUUCGAGACCGAGCCCACCUGAGCCAGCAGCGCCGGCUCAAACAGGCCACCCAGUUCCUGCACAAGGACUCGGCCGACCUGCUCCCGCUGGACAGCCUCAAGAGGCUCGGCACCUCCAAGGAUUUGCAGCCGCACAGUGUGAUACAAAGACGCCUGGUAGAGGGAAACCCGAAUUGGCUUCAGGGGGAGUCUCCCCGGGUGCAGGCCCUGAUUCAUGGCCAGGAGAGCAGGAGGAAGACCAGCAGGACAGAGAUUCCAGCUCUUCUGGUCAACUGCAAGUGCCAGGACCUGCUGCUUAGAGUGGCCGUGGACACAGGCACCCAAUACAAUCGGAUCUCUGCUGGAUGUCUCAGCCGCCUGGGGUUAGAGAAGAAGGUCCUAAAAGCCUCAGCUGGGGACCUGGCCCCUGGGCCCCCAACCCAGGUGGAGCAGUUAGAGCUACAGCUGGGGCAGGAGACCGUGGUGUGCUCGGCACAGGUGGUGGAUGUUGAGAGUCCUGAAUUCUGCCUGGGCCUGCAGACUCUGCUUUCUCUCAAGUGCUGCAUCGACCUGGAGCGCGGAGUGCUGCGGCUGAAAGCCCCGUUCUCAGAGCUACCCUUCCUGCCUCUGUACCAAGAACCUGGCCAGUGA